GACCAGCAUCUUCAUCACACUCCAGUGGCUAAAAUAUGGAGAUGGUUUUCCACGGAGAGGAAGAUGAGAAGUCUAUGGCAAAUAAAAGCACCCAUGAUGCUUCAGCGGGGGAUGUUGAAUUACAGAGCGGAUCUGAUGAAGAGCAUAAAGUGACUGUUGCAGCACCAGGUGCUGAAGAUGUAAAGAAGAGCUCCUACAGAGCUGCUGCAGUGUGUCUGGGUCUGCUGUGUCUUCUCCUCCUGUUUGGACUCAUAACUCUGGUUUCCCAAUACACCAAGAGCAACUCUGAGCGGGAAAUGGAGACGGUCCUGUUGCAGACCAGUUACAACAACCUGGCGGAAGAAAGAGACCAGCUACAGACCAGUUAUAACAACCUGGCUGAAGGAAGAGACCAGUUACAGACCAGCUACAACAACCUGAUGGAAGAAAGAAACCAGUUACAGACUAGUUUCAACAACCUGGCUGAAGGAAGAGACCAGUUACAGACCAGUUACAACAACCUGGCUGAAGGAAGAGACCAGUUACAGACCAGCUACAACAACCUGGCAGAAGAAAGAGACCAGUUACAGACCAGUAGCAACAACCUGACUAAGGAAAGAGACCAGCUGCAAGAAAGAUUUGCAGUUCUGACCAAAAACAGAAAUGAUCUUCAGAGAAAGCUUCAAGAUACUGAGGCCAGCUGGAAAAACAUGACGAAGGAGACAGAUGACCUGAAGAGGAUUCUGAAGAACUUCGAAUGGACAUAUUUCAGAGGAAGUUUCUAUCACGUUUCUUCUACCAAGAAAACCUGGCAAGAGAGUAGAGAUGACUGCCUCCUGAAAGGUGCAGACCUGAUGAUUAUCAACAGCAAAGAAGAAGAGGCUUUCUCAAGACAGUUUAAGAAGUACAUGUGGAUUGGCCUGACUGACACGGAGACAGAGGGAGCAUGGAAAUGGGUGGAUGGGACCCCAGUAACCGAAAGGUACUGGGGUUCUGGGGAGCCGAACGGAGGAAGAAAUGAAAACUGUGGGAAUAUAAAGCGCUAUGAUGCUGAAAAGAGCUGGAAUGAUGAAGACUGUUCUUAUUCAUGCUUCUGGAUCUGUGAAAAGAAAUUCCUUCCAUAACCCUCCAUGCAAACCCAUCAGACAGGAGAUGUCACUCUUUUUAUAGCUUCUCAGAUCUUCAGAAAAGCAACCUGAAUACAACAGUGCAUCAUUUUCAGGUUUGUUCUGAAACCUGCUGUGCUGCAUACAACUACUACCAUACACAACCUAAGAAACAUAAACAUGAUAGACUGUACCUCUGUUGUGUAUUCGGGAACUGGUCUGGUCUCA